AUCAGUUUCAAAUCGUACGUUGACGGCGGCGGUGGCAGCUCCUUUCGCUGAAGGCAAAGGCCCGAAACAGUUUCUACACUUUGAAACUUUGCGACCGACUAUACACGUCUCGUGCAGUUGAAAACGUGUACAAAUUCGGUGUGUUUCGCGAAAUUUGCUGUAUCAGUUGUUAUUUUUUUCUAUUCUCAAUGUGUUGUUGUUGCCGUUUGUGGAGAUAUGAAUUUUGAUGUUGUUGUCGUUUUUGGAAAAUUGUAGCAUUUGUGAAACUGAAAUCCGCGCAACAAGCCGGUAAGGACACUUGAUAGGAUCGGACUCGAUUGGACAGGUAGAGAAGCGAACGAGUACUGUGGGGGCAAAAUCGCACAGAGCUUCGCUGGAAGUACUAUCGGGGUUCUCCGGUUUCAUUCAUUGAAUUCGAAUUCAUUCAGCUGUUGGUGGCAGUGGAGAAGAAAUAAAGUUGCGCAGGUCCCACCAUAAAGUCGCCGGAGUGAUACUGAUGAUUCGGUUGUUCCUCUUCGACCUGGCCUGUGUGUGCCCAGAAGAACUCGAUGGAAUUGCUACGAUAGGCAAGGUUCCGAUUUCAGCACUAGAUCGGGUGUGUUUGAGAAGAAUUUAAGCAACGGUGCUUUAGAGCACAACGCUUCGUUGCACCAUUGCCGAAUAGCUGGUAGAUCCGCAUGAUACUGGAGCACCCGCGGGAAUGAUCAUCGUGCCAUAUGAAGCUACCUUGGUUUGUGGUUCAGUGGGGACUCUUCCGGGGAGCAAGAAUGUAUAUAUUUGAUCAGAAUGUGUUGAAUAUUCAUGAAAAUUGAUUUUUUAUGUCUCUCCAACCUGUUCUUUCCUCUUAUGAUUCUUUCAUCGUUCGAAUCCGACUCCGGCGCGAUUGUGUAAGAAAGAAGCGAGAUAAAGAAGGUUCUUUCGAGGAUUAUGCUUAUAAGUACUCUUUUAAGACUAUCCCAUAAAUCGUUUUGUUAAGACGACCACAAAGCAAGUGCGCACACGGAGAUAAGCUUUCGUCGAAUCAGAAUGAGAUCAAGUGAGUGGACAUUUUCCGAAUUUUUUCGUCGUGUGAAAAUAAACCGACACCACGCGUAAAAGUUACAAAUUAUUCUGUGAAGUGUCGGUAUCGUUUGCAAAAAGGUAGAAGAAGCAAAAAUAAAAUAAAAAUAAAAACCGCUGAGAAAAAAGCAAAAAGCGGGAGCCCUCGUUGUUGUGUGUCUUUUUUAUUCGCGAAGAGAGUGAAGAACAGAGGUAAAUUGGUGCAGUUGUGUGAACCGGCGAAAAGAUUUAGCAAAUUUACCCGAAUCGAUCGCGUAUCGAGAAGUGGAUAUGCAAAACGUAGUGAAUCAGUGAAUUUGUGGCCUUCAUAUUUUUAAUCGCGCGUUUCUUUUCCUCGCUGAUUGGCUUUUCGCUUUGUACCGAUCUUUACCGCCGUGUCCUUUCGCGCAAUCCGGAACCAAGAGCGUGGCGGGAACCGAAGCGGUGAACUGUGUAGCUGGUGCUGACACGGCGCAAGCCGAGAAGUGGCGUGGAGGAAUCGUAAUUCUUGACGCUACUGUUUUGUGAGGUACAUUACAAUUGCCGCACGGGUGCGAGCGACGCCAUAAAUUAAGAACCGGCGGUCGUAGAGUCCGGGCCGGUUGUUUUGGCCAGCGUUUUGGCUCUCGGCUAUCGGUCCACACAACAGCCGCUUGAUGUAUUGAGACGCACGCGUUCGCUUGCACGCACGCACACGGACACUCGCACGUGAGCGGUGAAUCGGGGCUGUGAAAAUUCGCCGGUCAACAUCCUCCGUUCGAGCUUCGAGUUUGAAGACCCUGGCAGUGGCCGUGGUGGCCAGGGCGGUGUACGGCGCACAGCUACAGAACAGGACGACGAAUCGCUCCCCAGCGGUGAGUGGCGGUGCGACGCGAUGACGACCCGUUGGUUCUCGCCCAAGUGUUUGAUCUACACCACCUCCGGGGUGCUGGUGUUGAUUAUAGUGACGUUGAUAGUGAGCUUGGUGCAUCAGGGGAGCUCCAGUCCACAGCCCCAUCCGGGGACGCCUCCCUCGUCCAGUAUCGAAGCAGUGAUUGGGGCUGGUGAUAGUGCUAGUGAUGUUUUCGGUAGGACAAGUGGGACAGCUAGUGGGAGUGAUGCUAGGACAACCGUUAUUUCCGCUGGGGUUGACUAUCCGGGGGAGGAGACGACCAUUGGCAGGGUUCCAGAUGAUCUGAAUGUUCCGCGAAGACCGCUAGACGGUAACGCAUCCGCGCCAACUAACGAUACCAACAUUAGCUUUGACGACGGGAUCCCUCGUCUACACGAUCCGUCAAAGUCGGAUGUGGUCUACAUCAAACCAACGAAAAUUCUUGUCCAACCCUUACACGCGGAUGAUUUGCUGUAUGAUUCCAAAACGGCCGACACCGAUAUUCCCGGCGCGCAGAUAGCACCAAAAUUCCACAGGACCGGACUGUUCCGCAAUCGAUCCUCACGCAUCUGGGACCCGCAUCCGGAGUACAAAAUUGACGCUUUCGGCAUCACCAUGCACGUUAUCUUGUGGCACGAUCGCAGUUUCAUGCCCGAAGACGUUAAGGUGACACAUGUUUGGCCAAAUGAGACGCUCCGGAAGCCGGAUGACCACUGGGACCACGCCGGAUUGCAGGGCUGUUUCUACAAGGGACGGGUGGUGGGUGACGAGAAGUCUACCGUGGCUGUCUCUCUGUGCGAAGGAAUGAGAGGACAUAUUCGCACGUCACGAGGCUCGUUCUUCAUCGAACCGGUGGAAAAGUACUCCAACGAGGACACAAACAUCUGGCACGCGCUGUCAAGGGAACGCACGCCUGAGGAGGGUGGUGAAGUGGACGCGAUAGACGCGAUCGGAGACGUCAAGCAGGACGUGAAUGAUAGUUAUAUUGAAAGUGUUGGAGUGACCAGUAGAAGCCUUGUACCCACCAAUGAGCGAGCACAGAGCCGGGUGAAACGAAGUACAGCCCACAUCACGAACAACGAGUACACGAUUGAGGUGCUGGUUGCAGUGGACAAGAAGAUGCAAGAAUAUCACGGAGACACACUGAAGUCCUAUGUCCUGACGCUGAUGUCAAUCGUUUCCAGCAUUUACGCCGACGCCAGCAUUGGAAAUUCAAUUAAGAUAGCAGUGGUGCAUAUUUUGUACCUCCACCAGGAUUUGGCCGCUCACAGUACACUGGAUCGGAACGGCAGCAAGGGUGUUUCCGCAUCCGAGAUGCUGCAAGCUUUCUGUCGCAGUAAACAAGCUUCGAACUUUCACCAUGACACAGCCCUGCUGCUGACUCGGGAGCAAAUCUGUCGACAUCGUAUGAAAUGCGAUACGCUUGGACUGGCAGAGCUGGGAACCAUGUGCAAACGGUCCUCGUGUGCGAUCGUACAGGACAACGGAUUAUCGGCGGCGUUCACUAUCGCGCAUGAGCUGGGACAUGUACUCAGCAUGCCCCAUGACGACGACGUUCGGUGUGGGCCGUUCCGAGGCGAAAACAGCGGCAAACAGAACAUCAUGUCCCGGAUGCUGGACCAUAAUACGCAUCCCUGGUCGUGGUCCAACUGCUCUCGGCACUUUGUCACCGAGUAUCUAGAACAAAACCGCGCCAACUGCAUGCUGGACAAACCGACAACCGACCUGAUCGAGCCGUCCACAUCGCACACAAAACUAGCCGGGGAGAAGUUCACCGACGAUCAGCAGUGUGAGCUGGUGUUUGGAAACGGGUCCCGUAUCUGCUCCUACAUGCCCGUGUGCGAGCGGCUCUGGUGCAACAACGGUGACGAGCUGAAGGGUUGUCGGACGCAGCACAUGCCUUGGGCCGACGGUACCAGCUGUGGUGACAACCAGUGGUGCCAGAAAGGCUUGUGCGUCGACGUGAAUCGCCAGGCGCUGCAGCCACAAGAUGGCGGCUGGGGUCAGUGGAGCUCGUUCAGUGAGUGCAGCCGAAGCUGCGGCGGGGGUGUACAAAUAUCUACGCGGAUUUGCGAUUCGCCUCCACCAGCGAACGGUGGCAAAUAUUGCACUGGAAUGCGUAUGCAGUAUCGGUCUUGUAACGUCGAUGAAUGCGCAGAGGGCACGCUGGACUUCCGAGAGGAGCAGUGCCACGAACUGGAUGGUAACAACUUCGAAAUUCCUGGACUCGAGAAGAACGUCAAGUGGAUACCGAAGUACGGUGUAAAGGCCGAGGACCAGUGCAAGUUGUACUGUCGGGUAAAAAACUCGAAUAACUACUUCCUGCUUAGGGACAAAGUGAAAGACGGCACGCCUUGUACGCAUCCUCACGAGGGGUAUGAUAUGUGUAUCAACGGCCAAUGCAGGACGGCCGGUUGUGAUUACGUGUUCGAUUCGGACGCCAAGCUUGACAAAUGCGGUCACUGUCGUGGGAAUAACGAUACGUGCAGUGACGUGAAUGGUGUGUUCCCCUUCAGCAAAAUACACCACAUGAAGAAGCCUUACGUGCAGAAGAUUGUGCGAAUUCCUACAGGAGCAACCAAUAUCGAAAUCAUACAGCGUGGUUACAAGGACGAUGGAAAUUAUUUGGCCCUCCGAGAUGAGAACAAUGAAUACAUUUUUAACUCCCCUAAAACUACUGUCGUAUCUGGAUUCAGGAAACGUCUCUUUGCUGGUGUCAUGCUCGAAUAUAACGGACCAGACGAACCUAUUGAGAUUAUUCGUUCGGACUUUGGUAAACCGCUGAGGCGAGAUCUGAUAGUGGAGAUCUAUUCGCACUCGAAGAUGCGUGCCGUGAGCGAAAAUUUUGUGGAGUAUAGCUUCACCAUUCCGACUGACCUGCAAUCGAUGGGUGUAUCUAAGGUGAACUCGUCCUACGUCCAACACUAUCCUAGCCAGAACAGUAUUCCCAGCUACCAGUGGAAGAUGUCCGAUUGGAGUGAAUGUGAUCAGAGUUGCUCCGGCAAGCGACAUCGGACCGCUGAAUGUUACGACAUUGAGACUGGUAAGGAAAAACCUAUCUCCUACUGUCGCAACAGUGCCAAACCUAGGGAGGACUAUGAACCGUGUAAUACAGAAUGUAAAUUCGAAUGGGAGGCAACGAGUUCGGAGUGUUCGAACUCAUGCGGCGAAGGAGUAAAAAAUGUGCAGUACCAAUGUGUUCAACAGUAUAUCAAGUCUCACCAAACAAAUCCGGUUGAUCCGACGUAUUGUUCCAACAUUCGCAAGCCAAACAACUUAGAGAAAUGUCACGGACCAUGUCCGGAUGCGACAUGGUCCUACACCGACUGGGAGCCGUGUUCGCGAACAUGUGGUGGUGGCAAGCAAAACCGUACCGUGUCCUGUCUGUCGUCCCCGGAUGGUUUUCGGAUUAGUGACGGCUACUGUGCUAAGCAGCCCAAGGAGGAAACGUACCGUCGCUGUAAUACCGACAGUUGCCCCGAGUGGGUCACAGGAGAACUGACACCGUGUUCGGUGACCUGUGGAGAGGGCCAGCAACGGUAUGCUAUCCACUGUGUACUAAACAAUGUUAGCGUUAACGCAGCUUUAUGUGGCACCCGUCCGGUGGCAGUAAUCGUCAACUGUACCAUGCCACCUUGUGAGAAGAAGCAAGACCCUCCUGCCUACGCGUACUCGGGGGAGGAAACCAAGCCAAUUUCUCGACUCGACAGCAACUAUUAUUCUGCCACACACAUGGACGUGAGCUAUCAAAAUACCACCACCCAGCCAUACAAAUGGUGCACCAGUGUCUGGAGCAUCUGCAACGCCAAGUGCAAUGGAGGCGUUAAACAGCGGAAGGUUCAAUGCUGCUUCAAGUACAACGAGUCUGUCGUUGUGGAUGACCUGUACUGCCAACACGAUAAGAAACCCUCGGCGCAAACCAACUGUGGCAACUUCCGUUGUCCCCAGUGGAACUUUGGUCAGUGGGGUGAGUGCAAUGAUGAUUGCAAACGCUACCGUCAGGUGCUAUGCCAAGAUCAUCGUGGCAAGGAAAGUAACGAAUGCCCUUUGAACCAGAAACCGCCCGAGGUGGAGUCGUGUUGCCAUUUCAAGUGGAGGAUUACUAACUGGAAGCCUUGUAAUGUGACGUGCGGUGGUGGUGAUGGUUACCGUACCGGCGAGCGUGUCUGUAUGCGUCUGUUUCCGAAAUCUACCGAGAACCCGCAUCCGGUGAAGACCGGUCGGAAGGUUGAUGCCAAGCACUGUGCCCACGUGAAAACUCCACCGGCUAAAAAGCUGGUGCGCAAGUGCAAACCCUGCCAAUUCCGAUGGGAGGUAUCUCCGUGGUCGAAGUGUUCGGUUGGUUGUGGAACCGGAUUGGCGACUCGCAAUGUGACCUGUAGUAAUGGUCGAACCAUUGCCAGUGUUUGCGAUGUCAAACACAAGCCGUCCAACGUGAAACCGUGCGAAACGCACAGUUUUUGCCGCUGGAGCACCGCCAGAUGGAACAGAUGCAAAUGUGAUGGCUUCCAACGCCGCAACGUGAAAUGUUAUGACGAGCUGACGAAGACGGAAUCCAAUCGGUGCCCGGAGCCGCGACCUAUGCAGAAGAAGAAAUGCACACCAGCUCCAGACUGUAGACCCCGGUACAGCAAGUCCAUUAGCUACACCUGCCAGGAUAUACAGAGGAGCAGAAGAAUCCGCCAGGACGGAGAGUAUACGCUGAAUAUCAAGGGAAGACCCGUGAGCAUCUACUGUCACAAUAUGACGUCCAACAACCCAACUGAAUAUCUAACGUUGAAAUCGGGUAUCGUGGAAAACUACGCUAUCUAUAUCAACAAACGAGCAGCUAAUGCUGGAUUUUGCUCCCAAUCGUCGGAGGACUGGGUUGAUAACAGCAUCAUCUAUGGGGCGACACACUAUCGGAAGAUUCGACUGAACAUACAUACGCUUAAGGUCAUAGAGGAUGACCAUCGAUUCACCGAUCGUUCCGGAACACCGCAAGGGUACGGCUCAGCGGGUGACUGCUACAGCAACACCGGUAAGUGUCCACAGGGAGAUUUUUCCAUCAACCUUGAGAACACACCGUUCAGAAUACGGCCACACACAGAAUGGGAAACGAAGGGACAGAACGCGGUGAUACAUUUCCUAAUACCGCUGGCUCCACCAUACAAGAAGGUACGAGCUCGUUGUGGUGGAUAUUGUGGCUCCUGCUCCGUUUCCCGAAGCAACGGAUUGUUCCUAGAGAUGGCGUAAAAUCCACCGAUCGAUAAUACCCACAAUGCUCGUGUGCCAGUUAAUUGUUCUAUUCUCAGUUAUUUACAUCAUUUACUACUACAGUGACUUGACACAUUACGAAUGAGGGUUGUACACGUUUUCUGCAAAAAUGCAUUUGCUUUUCGAAACGAUGUACAUUACCUACUAUCAGAGCUGCCACUGACAAACACAAAAUACUAUUUGGUGCCAACAAACAGAUACAUAAGUUUUUUUUAAACAAGAAAGAGUAUUUAUUGAAUAUUUCUCUGUAAUCAUAUAUAAUCGUGCUUUAAGUGUAGGAUCAUACCUUUUUUUCAAAAUAGAUGAUUUUGAAAAAAAUAAUAUUCACUCAGAAAAGCGAAACCACGCUACGAACAUUCAGAGCGUAGGAAACGUGGACCAAAAUGGAUCGAACUGAAAAGUGAAGGCAGUGUUGCCAGCCGUAUAGCAACUAAAGACUGACAGAAGGUUGGGGCUUAUUUAAAGAGUAUUUUACUGCUAUUGCAAAGGCAAACACUGUGUUUAUGGUCCUUGGUCUCAAAGCUGGCUGUCUCAUUGUUCUGUUUUAUCGAGCAAUUUGCGACAGUCCAGACGCUUUUGAUAUUGUUAUCACAAUAAGAGUUACUAUAAUUUUUCUAGGUUAAUAAUUAUUUGUGUGCUUCCAUGUUAAUUAGUCGAUCAGGUGCUCUACGCAAUACUUUCAGUUCUUUUCAUUUUUCUGUAAAAUAUAAAUCUAGGCUGCCAACCAAAAAUCACAUCUAAUCUCACGUUCACGAGUACAAAAUUUUCGGAAUCUCAACAGGAAGCAGUUAACUUCGACUGCGAAAAAAAUACUCAUCUAUAGUAUUAUACUAAAGAACAAAAAUAUCCACAAUACGCAGCUUAUCUAAUAUCAAUUUAGUGUCAUAACAGCAUUUCUUCAAUGUCGUACCGUUUCAAAUAUUAAAGUAUAACUGCAUGAGGAAAUUCGGAAGAACAGUACACAAAAUACUUUGAGAAACGGCUGGAGAGUACAAUUUGAGUACGAAAUCGGUAUUAGAAUUAAGAAAGCCGACAAACUGCCACCACAUUGAAGUCGAAAUUGGAAAAACAACAAGGAAGCAACAAACUGCCAUAAAUAGAUUUAAUCUCACAUCCUGUUCUGUUCCCUUUUCGUUUCCCUUGAAGUUAGUGUUGUAAUAUUGUAUAGUGAAUUGCCACCGCCGAAAAACAAAUCGAACUCAUGUUAUUCUUAUACAUGAAUUACACUGAAGCAUUGAGUGUAAGCGAAACGGAUAAAAGUAUUACGAAUAUCAUCCCACGCAGCGUGGGGGAAAACAAACUGCAUUUGCUGCCAACACUGGAACAAUUUUGAUGGGAUCAAAAUCGCAAACCGCAGCUGAGCGUGUAGUCCAAAUAGUUUGUUUAGCUAGGACACAACAACGUUGUUGUCUCUGAAUUCAAUUUUGUAAAUAUAAGAAACCCAGAUGAGAUGAUAGGAGAUGCGCUUAAUAUUUCUUGUAUUUUGUUGAACCAAUAAAAACUAGAGAAAUCAAA